GAGGGCCAGUCAGGGAAAGGAGAGAAGAAGAAAAACAGGAGACAAAAAGGAGGAAAAGGAGUGAAGAGAAGAAAGAGGUUUAAAAAAAGGAAAAUUCUAGGUUUGAAGGAAUAGUAAGCCACUGUGCUUGAGGAAGGAAGGCAGGGGGAAGCAUGGGGUCAGCGAAGAGUCCAGCGGGGUCUGGUGGAGGGCACAAUAAGGCCAAGCCUAAUCGAGGAGGCCCAGACGGCGAGGGAAGCCAUACAUGCUGCGGCUGCCGCUUCCCACUGCUCAUCGCCCUGCUGCAGCUGCUACUGGGCAUCGCCAUCACGGUUGUGGCCUUCCUCAUGACCACCAUCAGCCCCUCUCUGCUGGCUAGGGAGACACCCCAUUGGGCUGGAAUCAUUCUGUGCAUUGUAUCCAUCCUGGGCUUUGUGCUCUAUUUCAUCACCUAUCUGCCUGAUGAGAAGACCUCUGCACAAUUCAUCACAAAGCUCGUGUAUUUCCUCCUGUGUUCAGUGGGGCUUGUCAUCUCCAUUGUAGUCAUCGCCUUCCAGGGCCACCACUACUCUUUGACCAAUGGCUUCAGAUGCAGUAUGAAUGGCCAGAACUGUGUCUGCAGACUGGAGCCAGAGGACCCCAUCGCACGCACCUUCACCUAUGCUGAGGUGACAGACUGCACUGCCGUCACAAGCACUCUCAUGCUGUACUACCUGCUACAGAUGGUGUUGAACCUGGCUCAGGCCAUCGUCUGCUUGCUAGGAGCUUUCAUCAUGUGGAAGCACCGCUAUCAGGUGUUCUUCGUGGGCUUACAGAUGAGUUCACCCUCCACUCAGCAAUGGCAGAAAGUUUAAGAACAGGGUAGAGACAGAGGCAUGGCACUGGGAGAAGGGAUGAAAAGUUCUCCUGCGAGCAAAAUGUGGAGCAGUUGAGUGUGUUGUGUGUUGAGGGAAAGUCCAGAAUUUCCCACAGCAUGUCUAUUUGUGUGAGUGUACAGCUGAAGAUACAUUUUGCAUGGCGUGGUAGUAGCAUACGGUACCAUGGUGGCAAAUGGCAGUUUCCUGUCCUUUUUUAGGACUCCUGUAUUUUUCUGUAUUGGCGUCUGGACAUUUCCACUUAUAUAAAGGUAUACUUGCUUUUGCCAGUGCCAAGAAGGAUAUUCUUAUCUAACAGACUGUAUGUGUGAUCCAGUAGGAUAGCUGUCAUUCUGGGAGAGCUACAUUUUCACUCUGUUUGCAUAGGAUUUGCAUAUCAGACUGAUGACCUUAAUAGAUAGUAGUUAUAUGACAAAUCCCCACUGUUACCUCUCAACAACAACAAUCACAAAAAAAAAAAAGGAUUGGUAAGCGUUUUAUAUCCGAAUUCUUCAUUUUUAAUCUGCAGUGGUGCUCAAAAAGGGGUCUAUGAUGUAUCCUCCAUUUUAUGUAAGUGUGUGAUCAUGGUAGAGAUCACUAUCAAUUUGUUAUAGUUAGCUACUAUUGUUAUUGGUAAUAUAACCAUAUUUAUUGGCUUAAGUAAAAGGUCAACUGAAUUAAAUGGGUACUUGAAACACACUAAUGUGUGUCUUUUUUUAAUAUUCUAAAAUGAAUCCAAAGAUAAUGUCAGCUUGAAUCGAACCACAGUUUUAAUAAACCGUCUGGUUUAAGUAUAUUACAACAUGAUUAAUAAUUAUAACACAACAAAUGAGACAGGGUACAAGAAGUUUGAGAUCCCCUGGCUUAAACUAUGUUAAAUAUUGCAAUACUAAUACUGUAUCUUGGUUGAUUAUGUAAUGAUAUUGCAGUGUAUAACCUAAAGCGUAUAAAUUGUGUUUAAUCAAAAGCAGCGACCCUUUAUAUUGUUUUAUAUGUUACGUU